AUCUCACAAACCUACAGCUGCCCACAGCAGCCCAUAGCCUGUUGUCAGUUGUGAUCUGGUGUAAGUGUAAGCCGGCAAGUCAAGAAGUUGACAGUUCAAUCUUCAAUCAGCUUUUAGGCUAACUCAUAAAUUAAUUAAAGAAAUAAAAAUGGUUGUCCGGGAGUAUAGCGAAGAGCUGCACUAUUUGGAAAGACUUACACCACACAGUUGGAGAAUUAAAAAGGGGUUUCAGCCUAAUAUGAACGUGGAAUGUAAAUUCUAUGUCAACAAACAUCUAGAAGAACUCAUGUUUGAGGAGCUGAAGAACUCUUGUCGCCCUGGUACGAUCGGUGGCUUUUUGCCAGGAAUGAAACAAAUUGCGAACGUAGCUGCCUUGCCUGGAAUAGUUGGAAAUUCGAUUGGACUGCCAGAUGUCCACUCGGGCUAUGGGUUUGCCAUCGGAAACAUGGCUGCCUUUGAUAUCUCAAACCCUGACUCCAUUGUCUCUCCUGGUGGAGUCGGAUUUGACAUUAACUGCGGGGUCAGACUCUUGAGGACAAACCUGAUGGAGAAAGAUGUGCAGCAGGUGAAGGAAUCUCUGGCGCAAAGCCUCUUCGAUCACAUCCCCGUCGGCGUUGGUUCCAAGGGAAUCAUCCCCAUGAACGCCAAAGAUCUAGAAGAGGCCCUAGAAAUGGGCGUGGACUGGUCCCUUAGGGAAGGAUACGUGUGGGCUGAGGACAAGGAGCACUGCGAGGAGUAUGGAAGAAUGUUGAACGCUGACCCGAGCAAGGUGAGCCUCAGGGCGAAGAAGAGGGGUCUUCCACAGCUGGGCACGCUGGGUGCGGGAAACCACUACGCGGAAAUCCAGAUUGUGGACGAAAUAUUCGACAAGUACGCCGCUACCAAGAUGGGAAUUGACUGCAUCGGCCAGGUCUGCGUCAUGAUCCACUCGGGAAGCAGAGGAUUUGGACACCAGGUGGCCACAGACGCACUGGUCGAGAUGGAGAAGGCGAUGGCCAGGGAUAAAAUCGAAACCAACGAUAGACAACUUGCCUGUGCCAGGAUAAACUCUGUUGAGGGUCAAAACUAUCUCAACGCGAUGGCAGCCGCCGCCAACUUUGCCUGGGUUAAUCGCAGUUCGAUGACGUUUCUCACUAGACAGGCGUUUGCCAAGCAGUUCAACUCUUCUCCUGACGACCUAGACAUGCACGUAAUUUAUGACGUGUCUCACAACAUUGCCAAAAUCGAAGAGCACAUGGUAGACGGAAAACUGAAAACACUUUUAGUUCACAGAAAGGGUUCGACGCGAGCGUUUCCACCCUAUCACCCGCUCAUCCCUGUUGACUACCAGUUGACAGGGCAGCCCGUUCUGAUCGGAGGCACAAUGGGAACUUGCAGCUACGUUCUGACAGGCACACACAAAGGAAUGCAGGAAACGUUUGGCUCAACUUGUCAUGGGGCUGGUCGUGCGCUGUCAAGAGCGAAGUCGAGGCGUAAUAUUGGUUACCAAGAUGUCCUAGAUAAACUGCAGCAGAGCGGAAUCGCCAUCAGAGUUGCCUCCCCUAAAUUGGUCAUGGAAGAGGCGCCGGAAUCUUACAAAGAUGUGACUGAGGUUGUCGACACAUGCCAUGCCGCUGGAAUUAGCAAGAAAGCAAUCAAGUUACGCCCAAUCGCGGUCAUCAAAGGAUAAAUUUAUCUGAUUUUAUAUUUUACAUUUUCUUUUCAAACCUGUCUUUGAGAAAGACAGGUCUUUUGUUCGCCGUGAAUUUUUCAUGUGAUUUUUAUUUAUUGUUGAAAUAAAAAAUAUACCACUUUAAA